AUGGCCUGCAACGACCUCUGCCGCCCCUGUGGACCCACCCCGCUGGCUAACAGCUGCAACGAGCCCUGCGUCAGGCAGUGCGAGACCUCCCGCGUCGUCAUCCAGCCUCCCGCCGUGCAGGUCACCCUGCCAGGACCCAUCCUCAGCUCCUUCCCCCAGAGCACCUUUGUCGGAUCCUCUGCAUCUGCUGCCGUGGGCAAUGAACUCAGCGCCCAGGGAGUGCCCAUCUCCUCCGGCGGCUUCGGCUUCGGCCUCGGCUACGGCUUGGGAGGCCUGGGCUGCUUCAGCGGCAGAAGAGGCUGCUACCCCUGCUAA